GAAGCCUCGGCUGCCUUCUCUCUCCAUGUGCCGACAGCCUCACAGUCAGGAAUCGGCUUACUGAGCGUUCAAAUUAAACAGGGACCUCCGCAUUUCACUUGAUUAUUCUCGACUGUCUUCACUCUGCUAAUUACCGAGGAAGUCCAAGAGCAAACCGUGCGCUCCUGUUCCUACCCUUCAGACGUUAAAACCCUCGCUUUGUUCGCUUUAUGUAGAUUUUUCUCUCCCCCUCGCUGGAAGUAUUCUUUUUUAACACAAGGACGUGCUCUGUAUAGCUACGCAAAAAGCGACCUCGACUUUAGUAGAUAUGUGUAUGAGACGAGAUUGCCAAUUUAAGACCAUCUUCGCGGUUUUGGUUCUCACCGCCGCCGUGGUCGAAAUCCAUGGACAAGGAGACGGUAAAGAAUGAAGAGGAAGGGAACCACCAGCAGCUUUUCCCAGCCUAAAAGAAGAGAGGAGGAAGAGCAUCCCAGAGAGGAGAUGGAGGAGGAAGAGUUCAGAGAGAGAGAAAGAAAUGAAGGCAUGCAGAGCUCAGACAGCGAAAGGUCCGAAGGAAAGUAACAGAAUUGGAAAGAGAACACUGGAACCAGACGGGGAUGUAUUCACACACUUACCAACACAGGACACAGAAAGCGAAGUCCGUUCGGUCACCACUGUCUCACCGAUGAACGUCCCUAACCAUCAGCCUUUCUUCAGGGGCCUGCUGCUUCAUGAACACCUACUUACACGGAACUUCCAAGGAGACCAGCAUUUUUUUCGGAAGGAUGGCUCUGUGGCUGGUUAUCCCACCAUGCCAGGCUCUGUGUCGGCUCGAAAUGUCGGAGACCCUGUCACUCAACUCGUGCCCCAUGAGGAUGCCCCAGCCUUCUCAGACGUCGCCACUACUGCCACCGUGGCCGCCACCUCGCCGCUGAUCACGUUUCCUCCCACAACACCAGCGUCGCCCAUGUCUCUCCCUCAAAAGAAGUCAUCUAAGGAGAAGACCAGGGUAGAGCCAACAACAGACUCCCUCACCACUCAAGUGACGCCACAAAAUAGAGGUUCGGGCAGUGAGAGCAACCCAGCAACUCCCUUAUCCUCACGGGACAGUCAGCCUCGAAGCUGGAGUACUUUUCCCGUAGAUGCCACCCUUGCACCCUCCUCAGUGAGAAUGGAGAAAGGCGAAGGUAGGGAAAUGGCACUGAAAAAUAAAACCGGCCCUGAUCAUCUCCUCUCCAAGCAAACUUCCAUGUUACGAGAAGAAGGUACCACAACGACAUCCACAAGCGUCAUCACAACUACCACUAUCACCACCAUGCAAACAUCAGAGCCGUGCAGUCUGAAUUUCACUGACCCUGAGGGUAGCAUCGAAAUCCUACAGCAUCUUGACUCUGGAGUGGAGUGUAACUACUUGAUUACUGUCUACCUGGGAUAUGGCAUUGAGGUCCAGGUGCUAAAUGUGAGUGUGUUGGAGGGGGAGCAAGUCACAGUGGAGGAUACAGGAGGUCAAGAACCCUUCAUCCUUGCCAAUGAGUCAGUCUUGAUGAGGGGCCUUGUACUGCGCAGCUGGAGCAACCAGAUCUCCAUCCGUUUUCAUAGUGACCAGCGUCACAAUUCAGGACUCGUCCUGCUGCAUUAUCAAGCCUUUGUGCUGAGCUGUGCAUUUCCCAAAGAGCCUGCCGGUGGAGAAGUUUCAGUGACGCACCUCCAUGCCGGUGGGGAAGCUUACUUCCGUUGUUUCACUGGAUACAAGCUGCAAGGCCCCAAAAUGCUCACCUGCCGCAACGCAACCACACCUUACUGGAGCGGGAAAGAACCUCGAUGUGUGGCUUCCUGUGGGGGAAUGAUAAAAAAUGCCACCUAUGGUCGAAUCGUCUCUCCUGGUUUCCCUGGCAACUACAGCAACAAUCUGACUUGCCACUGGGUCCUGGAGGCCCCGGAAGGCCAACGGCUUCACAUUCACUUUGAGAAGGUUGCUCUGGCAGAGGAUGAUGACAGGUUGCUCAUCAAAAAUGGCAACAACAUAGACUCCCCCCCUGUGUAUGACUCGUAUGAGGUAGAAUAUCUCCCCAAUGAGGGUGUGCUCAGUACUGGACGUUACCUGUUUGUGGAGUUCACCACUGAUGGGACGAUGACUUCCACUGGUGCAGCCAUCAGAUACGAAGCUUUUGCAAAAGGAAUGUGCUAUGAGCCCUUUGUGAAGUACGGCAACUUCAGCAGCAGCGACUCCACCUACAGUAUGGGGGCAGUGGUUGAAUUCUCGUGUGACCCUGGCUACACGCUGGAGCAAGGUUCUGUCGUGAUUGAGUGUGUCGAUGCGCAAAACCCACAGUGGAACGAGACCGAACCAGCUUGUAGGGCUGUGUGCAGUGGGGAGAUCACAGACUCUGCUGGUGUGGUGUUGUCUCCUAACUGGCCCGAGGCCUAUGAUAAGGGGCAGGACUGCAUCUGGGGCAUCCAUGUGGAAGAAGACAAGAGGAUCAUGCUUGACAUCCAAGUCCUCCAUGUGGGUAAGAACGACCUGCUGACCUUCUAUGAUGGUGAUGACCUGACAGCCAAUAUCCUGGGCCAGUACAGCGGCACAAAGCCUCACUUCAAGCUCUACACCUCCAUGGCUGAUGUCACUAUUCAGUUUCAGUCAGACCCUGCCACCAACAUCUAUGGCUACAACAAUGGAUUUGUGGUUCAUUUCUUUGAGGUGCCAAGGAAUGACACCUGCUCGGAGCUGCCGGAGAUCGCCAACGGCUGGAAGAGCACGUCCCACCCUGACCUCAUUCACGGCACCGUCAUCACCUACCAAUGCUACCCCGGCUUUGAACUGGUAGGCUCCGAGAUCCUCAUGUGCCAGUGGGAUCUCACAUGGAGCGGGGAUGUGCCAAGGUGUGAGGAAGUCUUGACAUGUCAGGACCCUGGAAGCGUGGAGCACAGUCGUAAAGUGAUCGCAGGCACCCGCUUCACUGUCGGAUCCACUGUGCAGUUUAUCUGCAAUAAAGGUUACAUCCUGUCAGGCUCCGGCCUCCUCACCUGCUACAACCGAGAUUCAGCCACUCCCAAAUGGAGCGAGAGGCUGCCCAAGUGUGUCCCUGAAAAGUACGAGCCAUGCAGGAACCCUGGUGCUGCGUCUACCAGCGUGCAGAGCUCUGAAAAGGCCUUUUAUCAAGCGGGAGAGAAGCUGACCUUCUCCUGCCACACCGGCUAUGAGUUGCAGGGUGAGGCCACCAUUUAUUGUAUCCCUGGACACCCGUCACAGUGGAACAGCACUCCUCCUGCCUGCAGAGUUUCCUCAACACAAUAUGUGAACGAACGCAGGCUGGAUGUGGUUAACAAUAUGGAUUAUGGGAUGGAGGGAACCAACAUUGCCCUUGCUGUUUUUAUUCCAACUGCAGUCAUCUUGGUGGUUGUCCUCUCGAUUUAUGUCUACUUUGCAAAACUCCAGGGGAAGUCUAUCAGAAUGCCAACAUCCUCGCCACCGUAUGACAACAUGACAGAAGAGUCAGCUUUCGACAACCCUAUAUAUGAGAGCGGAGUAAGUACAGAUGUCAUGAGCAUGCAAGACGUGGAUUCACAGAACACCAGUGUGCUGUCCUGAUCCUUCUCCGUCUGCCAUCAUCCUGUCGUCGUCUCACGUUUCAUCAGCAGAGGGCACCCUCCACUUCAUUCUUCAUCACCAUAUCGAUCAUCAGUAACAGCUUGUGGUCUUAGCUGAUGAUGUGGCUCAUAAAAAUGUGAACAGCGGACACUUCCCUUCACCCUACCCUAACAUCAGAUGCCAUUGUCAUCUUGAAUUUUCAUACUUCAUCCACUUGAACAAAAGACAAUAUCAUGUUAGACUUUGUUCUCACUGUGGUAUGUCUUAUCCAUGUCAUAUACAUGUCUCACGUUGAAUGCUGCAAUCCCAAAGGUGUGUGAAUGUACAUUUUGCUCUAAACUGGUCUGUACAAAUGAAACUGUGAUGUGUUAUUUAUUUUUGAAAGAGUAGAAUCUCCACAUUUUGUAAAGGUGUGAUUGCCUCAGAGGGCUUUACUUUAUCAGAUGGGAUGCAUCAAUCACAGAAAUAGCUGUUUUAUUUAGGCUUUUACUGUAUGUCCCUGUGCUUAUUGUUUGUAACUGACUCAUAAGUCACAAAGAUAUAUUUGCACUGUAGAGCAAACUACCACAUAGCCAUAGGCUGUUGUGUGAAUAGAGACUAUAAGUCUUCUCUUGUUUAUUAUCCUUUGUUUUCUCUGCUCCUUCAGCACUGGCAGGCUCAUUCUAGAUACUAAACCCUGUCAGUCUGUCCAUUUUGGCUGUACUGCAGAGCAACAAUGAGG